AUGGUAAGAAUUAACAAUGAAGCUCUGAGGAAUUCGGCUCCAAAAGUUAUGGGUCGUGACAUUUCCUUAGAAAAGCUCGGUGAUGAAAAAUUAAGCUCGAUAUCAACCCAUGACUCUCUUCCCCAGGAUGAUAAGUGUCUUAACCAGGGUAAGUCAGUUGCUGAUAUGAGCGGCAAAAGUGCUGUUCCUGAAGAUGUAGGCUCAGACAUACCCCCCGAAUGUAGGAUGGACCCUAGUGAAGGUGGUAAAGAGAAUUUUAUGGAGCCUUCACAGGUGGUUAAAACAGUACUAUCUGAGAGCCAGUCUCAAGCAACAGACUUAUCUGAUACUCUUGAUGCAGCAUGGAUAGGUGUACAGACUGCUUCAGAGACUGGUAUUUCUCGUGCGCCUAGCAGAGCUGCGUUAGCAAAUGGAACUCAGGCUUCUGAUUUAAGGCUGCCAGGUUCUGAAAGUAGGCUGAAUUUACAAGGGGGCCCAACCAGUGAGGAACAUACAACACAAGUUCAGAUGCCUUCUCCUAGUUUUUACUAUUCACUCAACAAGAAUUAUUCGCUUAAUUCUCGCAAGCAUAUUAUGGCUGAAGACCGGCCUGUAUAUGUUUCUUCAUACCGAGAGCUUGAAUGGCGAAGUGGUGCUAGGCUGCUACUUCCUCUGGGAAUCAAUGACUUGGUACUGCCUGUAUACGAUGACGAACCUACUAGUAUCAUUGCUUAUGCCCUUACAUCAUCAGAAUAUAGCGCCCAGAUGUCUGGAUCAGAUAAGGCAAGAGAGCGCUUGGAUAGUGGAGGUUCUUUUUCACUUUUUGAUUCUGUGAAUCUUCUCUCAUUGAACUCUUUGAGCGAUUUGUCUGUUGACAUGAGUAGAAGCCUUAGCUCUGCUGAUGAACAAGUCUCGCAGCUCCUACAUUCGUCCCUGUAUUUGAAAGAUCUCCAUGCUCGAGUCUCGUUUACAGAUGAAGGUCCUCCUGGGAAAGUCAAGUACUCUGUGACCUGUUAUUAUGCGAAAGAAUUUGAAGCUCUGAGGAAGAUUUGCUGUCCUUCAGAAACAGAUUUCAUUAGAUCUCUUAGUCGUUGUAGAAAAUGGGGAGCCCAAGGUGGAAAGAGCAACGUCUUCUUUGCAAAAUCCUUGGAUGACCGAUUUAUCAUCAAGCAAGUUACGAAGACAGAGCUUGAGUCCUUCAUCAAAUUUGGGCCAGCUUACUUCAAAUACCUGACCGAGUCGAUUAUUACUAAAAGCCCUACAAGCCUUGCAAAGAUCUUGGGGAUUUAUCAGGUCUCGUCAAAGCACCUUAAAGGAGGAAAAAAGUUCAAAAUGGAUGUCUUGGUGAUGGAGAAUCUUCUGUUCAAGCGGAACUUCUCUAGGCUUUAUGACCUAAAGGGCUCCACUCGUGCCCGUUACAAUCCCGAUACAAGCGGUAGCAAUACAGUUUUGCUGGACCAGAAUCUGGUUGAAGCAAUGCCGACAUCUCCGAUUUUUGUUGGGAGCAAAGCAAAACGGCUUCUUGAACGAGCUGUCUGGAACGAUACAUCCUUUCUUGCUUCGAUUCACGUAAUGGAUUACUCCUUGCUAGUCGGAGUGGAUGAGGAACGAAACGAACUAGUUCUAGGAACUAUCGAUUUCAUGAGGCAGUACACUUGGGACAAGCAUCUGGAGACUUGGGUCAAGACUUCAGGGCUACUUGGAGGACCCAAGAACGCAUCUCCCACAGUUAUAUCGCCUCAGCAAUACAAGAAACGAUUCAGGAAGGCGAUGACGGCUUAUUUUCUGAUGGUUCCUGACCAAUGGUCGCCUGCCACGGUUGUGGCAAACAACAGCUCUUCAGCAGAUGUGAAGGAGGAAGAAGACAAAGACGAUAUGCAAGGUGUUGGUAACAACUCAUGA